AUGGUGCUCUGGGUUUUUGGCUAUGGGUCAUUGAUUUGGAACCCAGUUUUUGAAUUUGAUGAGAAGGUGAUUGGGUUCAUUAAGAACUACAGGCGUGUGUUUGAUCUUGCCUGCAUUGAUCACAGAGGCACCCCUGAGCACCCUGCAAGAACAUGCACCUUGGAAAAGUUUGAAGGAGCUAUAUGCUGGGGAGCUGCUCAUUGUGUUCGUGGUGGGCCGGAGAAGGAAAAGGCAGCAAUGGCGAACCUCAAAGACCCUACCUCGAACAAAGAGAAUGCGAAUACGACCAAAAAACCUUGGUGGAUUUCUUUAAGUUUCACAUCUACACCCGACAAGUUAUCGAACAAGUACUAUUUGGGCCCAGCCCCUUUAGAAGACAUGGCUAGGCAAAUAGCAACGGCUUUUGGCCCGUUCGGAAACAACAAAGAUUACCUCUUUUUAUUGGAGAAGGCCAUGUUUGAUAUCGGUCAUGAGGAUGACUACAUUGUCGAGCUAGCGGAUAAAGUCCGGAAGGUUCUUGGAGAUAUUGGAGCCGUUCUGAAGGAGAAUAAUAAGCUUCCGGGCUCGUCUGACGUGUCACUAAAAAUCGACCUUUCGCCUGUUAAGUUGGGUCCGCCGGGCCAUUGUGUUGGAUUCUUAGCUGCUGCUAACAACAGUUGAAAGUAGUGAAUGAAUAAGGAUUGACAGUUACUUUAGUUUUGAUUUGAAUUAGUGAUGGGAGUUUUAGCCUUUUAGGAAAUUGAUAAUUGAUAAUGAGGCAGUAAUUUUUUAUUUUUUUUUGGCGAAUUGAAUUUUUGGGGCAGAAAUUUUUUUGGAAUAAAU